GGGCCAGCCGAAGGGCUGCAUCGCACAGGGUUUGCUGCUGGUUUGAGCCACACUCUGUCAUCGCCAUUUCCUAGGUGGGUCCCCAGAGAGAGAGAAGAGCGGAAAUGCAAAUGGAAAAGGCUGUUUUGGGUUGUUUCUCCUUUUUUCUUCCUUUCCCAGGAGAGUGUGAGUGCCCACCAGCAGUAUGCCACUGGUGAAGAGGAACAUCGAGCCCCGGCACCUGUGCCGGGGGGCCCUGCCUGACGGGGUGACGAGUGAGCUGGAAUGUGUCACCAACAGCACACUGGCUGCCAUCAUCAAGCAGCUGGGCAGCCUCAGCCGGCACGCUGAGGACAUCUUUGGGGAGCUGUUCAAUGAGGCCAACAGCUUCUACAUGAGGAUGAACUCACUGCAGGAGAGGGUGGACCUGCUGGUCAUCAAGGUGACGCAGCUGGACUCCACUGUGGAGGAAGUUUCGCUGCAGGACAUCAACAUGAGGAAGGCUUUCAAGAGCUCCACAGUGCAGAACCAACAGGUUGUGUCCCGCAACUCUAUCCCCAACCCGGUGAUGGAGAUGUACCAGCGCUGCGACAAGCCUCCACCACUCAACAUCCUCACGCCAUACAGGGAUGACAAGAAAGAUGGCCUCAAAUUCUACACUGACCCCUCCUAUUUCUUCAACUUGUGGAAGGAGAAGAUGCUGCAGGCAACAGAGGACAAAAGGAAGGAGAAACGCAGGCAGAAGGAGCAGCGGCUGGUGGAGGACUCCACUCGGGAGGUGAAGAAAGUGCGGAAAGCCCGCAACCGGCGCCUGGAGUGGAACAUGAUGGCAUACGAUAAAGAGUUCCGACCCGAUAACAGGUUCUCACCAUCCCCAUAUCACAUGGCAUCAUCGGAAGGAUCACUGUCCCCAGAUAAUAGAUCCUACACCUCAGAUGCUGCUGAGCACUCAUACCCGGCAAGCCCCAACCACCCGGCACAGCUGCUGGCCCCCACAGCCCACGUGCCCGCAGAACACAAGGAGGGGGUGCUGCCGACUGUCCCCCCUCCAGAACACGGCUACCGACCACCAGCGAGCAGCCGGCAGAACAGCCUCAACCGCGCCCAGCAGCCCCACGCGCCGCAGCCCCCCGAGGCCGUGCUGAACGGACCCAGACCGCACUUGGUCAAGGAUUUCGGACCACAGCCCGUACCGAUGACGGAGUACUUCGUGCCGCCGGCCCCUCCGCCCCCGCCGCCCGUCAUCCCCUCCGCGCAGACUGCCUUCGACAGCCCCAUGGCGGCUCCCGCAGCGCUGCCCCCCGGCGCGGCCGCCCCCGCCGCCCACCCCUCCUACGCGCCUUCGCCGCCCCCUGCACCGCCCGGCCCCUACUCCGCUUCCCCGCCUCAGGCCGGCCCCAUGGGGCCGCCCGUGGCCCCGCCGCCACCGCCACCGGGGCCACCAGCUCUCACCACCUCGCCAGCGCACUCAGCCUCACCGCCGGCCCCCGCCGCCGAGUCCCGGAAGCCGCCGAUCCCGCUGAUGCCUAUGAGCGAUGCCCGGAGCGACCUGCUCGCAGCCAUCCGCAGAGGCAUUCAACUUCGGAAAGUCCAGGAGCAGUGGGAGCAAGAGGCCAAGAAAGAGCCCGUGGGCAAUGAUGUGGCGACCAUCCUGUCCCGCCGGAUCGCGGUGGAGUACAGCGAGUCAGACGACGACUCCGAGCUGGAUGAUAACGAGUGGUCGGACUGAGGGGCCGUGCCGGGGGCUCCCCUGCAGCAGGUGCGUACGGCACUUCCCCCAAACCUGGAUGCCGACAACCGCGAUCAGCCCCGCUAAUUCAGGAGCUUUGCUUUCACACCGUGUUGAAAACCAUUCGGGCAGCGCUGGAGGCUGUGCACGGGUAGGAGGCAACUUUGAGGCAGCGAGGCCAGGAAUUAGCAGCACCUCCACGCUUAACGAUGCUGAAAAUUCUCUGGCUGGGUGAAUGGGAGUGCUCCACAACCAGAGGCUGGCUUUGGUAGAGGAACGAAACCAGGAGGCAGGAGAGCUUUUGCAGCUAGAUGUUAAAACGUGUAAUGGGGAGCUCUGGGAGGAAACUGAAGUGUUUGUGACCCUUGAGCCCACUCCCAUCCUUGGGACAGAUUUCUGGGAGAAAAGCAUGAAGACAAGGCUCAUGCAGCUGGCAGGGAACCAGCAUAUGUAGUGCAAUGUAUCCUGAGGGCAAGGGAUGGAGAGCAGUGUCCCAAAGCCCCGCUAUCCUUGGCCAUAGUGCUGAUAUAUAAUACUAUUAUAGUAUUAUUUGAAGAAAAAAAAAAGAAAAAAAAUGCUGCUCUUAGAUAAACCCAAACCACUGAAACUGAGGGUGAGGUUUGGGCUCACUCUCUUGAUUUGCACUUUGUAUCCCCAUGAACCCCACUGGUACAGUUGAGAUCAACCCCAUCCCAGGGCACCGUCCUGGUGCUGCCCUGUCCCUUGUCCCCAAAGCACGGUACGGGUGGGGAGUGCAGGAACGGGGCCCCCACCACUGUGCCAAAAAUACUGGUUUGCUCACCAAAAUAGAGCAUGAUUCAUAGCAGCCUUUUCAUGCAGCUAUUAAAGGAGGAUUUGCGGGAGGGCAGAGCAAAUGGGUGUGAAAUACUGAAAACAUCCCAGUCAGAGGUACGGCUCUGCAGAGCUGCAAGAGGCUUCCAACCAGCAGUGUAUGGGCCAGAACUAAUGUGGACCCGUCUGACAUGGCCACAUGGCCCUCUCUUGUAUUCCCAUACACUACAAGCCCCAAAUGAGGGAAAAAACUGAGAUCCACUCAUGACAGCUCUUCUGGGGAGAAGUCAGACUUGGUGCCCACUUUCCCCAGAGCUGCACAGGGAGUACUCUGAGGUUCUAGAAGCAAAGAGACCUGUAAAGCUGGUGAGAGGGCUGGCUGUGACCCCAAAAGCUCAUGAGGGCUGAUGCUUAAAUCCACCCUGAGAACUGCAUAUCUCAAAGCUUAAAUCUCCCUGAGCAUCUGCUUAUUUCCCCCUGAAGAGAAACACCUCAUGGUGGAACAUGAUGACCACAAGCCCCAACCUAUCUGCUAAGAAGUGUCAUCAUAAGCUCUUGCUGGUGCUGAGUAACACAAAAUUGCCUCUGUCCCUUGGAUGUGACAUACCCCAUUUCUCUGCAUCCCAUUGACUCCUUCCAGUGGGAUUGGAGCAUCCCUUUCCUCCCACCAUUGCCCCGCGAGCAUCACUGUGGUGCUGAGCAGGGUUUGGACUGGGUUCAGGAGAAGACCAGAGUGGCUGGGGAAGGAUUUCAGGUGGGAAGUGAAAUCUGUUGGUGCUGGUGAUAGUUCUGCACCCUUCUCUGCCCUGCUGUGGUCCACAGCCCCGUGUUUGGUCCCCCCUCUCCUUCAAGGCAGCUCUCCUUGGCUUUAACACCACUGAAGGAGCUGCACAGAAGGUCCUUGGGCUUUUGGACCCAUCCUGGUAUCCCCAUUGGGUGGGGAGCCACCCUCGUGCCCACAAUGGGAUUUCCUUGUCAGGAAGGUUGGGAUGUGACAUUUAACAAUUCAGAAGUAGAUCUUGUAUUUAAAAAAAAAAUCAGAGUAACAUUUAGACAGUCACCUGUCAGUACUUAUUGCGGAACAUUGUUAACAUAGAUGCACUUGUGAUACUGUUCAUAUGCGAAAAAAUUUGGUUAUUUGGUAAUUUAGGAAGAGUCACGGCCUCACAUGAGAGGCUGCCAUUCCUGUCAGGGUGUUCAUGGGGCUGUAGGGUCAGCUGUAGUGCUGACCUGUUCUGGGGUAGAGCCAGGGCACCCUACCAGUGCAUGGGGAAGAGGCUCAGAGAUACAUGGGGAUGGCUCAGCCUUUGGGUCAGUGGCUGCCUCCAUGGUGGGAAGUGGGGCUCAGUGCCCCUGCAAGGCUGGGUCUCUUUUUGUGCUCUGGUUGUGCUUUGCUACAUGAAAGCAUGUGAUGACUCUGGUAGGACUUGCUGUGGUUGCACAUGAUGGAUGAGGGUGACCCCAGCAGGCUCAUGUUCUCAUCAUCUCAUGGUGACCCCAUAGUGACUUCAGGUUGGCAGCCAUCAGCCCGUGCUGUUAUCAGGGUCGAUGCCAUUGCAUGGCAAAGCACUUGACAAUCACACACGCAACCUUGCUUACCCUGCACGUGGGUCACAUUGGCAGAGGACCCAAGGGCCUCGUGGUGGCAGGGAGCAGGGCUUGCCCCCAUUUCCCUGCACCUUCAUGUUCCUAUGCCAUCCUCACCAUUGCCACAUCACCCCAAGGGAUUCCAGUCCCUUCCACAUCCCCAACUCCAAAGCAAGGCAGUAGGACCAUAAGCCUCCCAGCAUUGCUGUUGCUAGAAGCCAACACAGCCCAGCUCUUGUAAGGGCUGAGUCUGCCUUGGCUGUGCUGGAGCUGUCUUGAUAGGACAGAUGGGCAGAUCCACAGGUAGCCUCCCAGUGAGGCGCUGUGUUAGAGCCCUCUGCUCAGGUUUCUUAUGCAGUCAGUAAACAAGUAGCCUGUAUAGUCAGUGCAAGCUGUGGGCACCUAUUUCUGGUCUGAUUGCAGUGUCCCUCACGCUCCCCACCUCUCUCCUGGCAGCAUCACAAGGCAGAUGGGCAGCACCUGAUGGCACCAGGAGCCCCAGUAUCAUUCAGCAGUCGCUCCUGCAAGGUCAGCUCUGCUGGCAGAGCAGUGUCCUCAAUGCCUUUGCUUGAGGGUCUCAGCCACCUCUGAGGAUGACCGUCUUUAUUCCAGGCAUACACCAAUAUUUUUUGACCUGGUCACCUCCGAAAUCCAGCACAAGCUCUUUGGUGGGUCUGGGCCAGGCUAGCGCUGCAGGAGUUGGUUGUGCCGAGCUAAUUAAUGCUGGCUGGCUGACCCAUAUGCUGCACACUCAGUAUUUUGUACAUAUGUGCCUAUUUCUGUAUACACCAAAAGUAGGCCACCCUGCAUUAUACAACCUGAAAUGCUCAAGUCCCCAUGUGGGCUGAUAUAAAAGUGAAUAUUUAAAUAUUUUAUCUAGCUUGGCAGCCAUUAAAAAUACAAUCCAGGUCACAGAUGAUUGAAUUCCUCCUGUCUCUCAAGUGUACCAAAAGUGGAUAGGGGAGAUUCCCCUGCAUAUUUAGGUAUUGUGUUCCAUGUUAAAACAUACUAGUGACAUUUCAUUGCCAACAAAUAAUCACAGAGUGCCAAACAUUUAAUGAGCCCAACCUGUCUCCUGAGGUUCCCCUUGCCAUUUUAUCUGCCUUCUCCUCCUUGCCAAUUUAUGGGCAUAGAUUAAAAAUAAUAAGCAAAAUAUUGCCAGCAGGGGGAAGCAUAUUCUGUGUGCAUAUGAAUGAACCAGGCUUGAGUCAUCCAAAGAGAAAAUAAGCUGGUUUGGCUCUGCUCAGAGAUGUAACAGGAGGUUCUAGUGCCUGUGGCCCUUCAGGAGCCUCUUGGGUAUCUCCAGUUGACGUGGAAGGGAACAUUAGGAGAGCACUGUGCCCAUGGGCUGUGCAGGCUGGUCUGGCUGACGUCUGAUGAAGGUUAUGGAAGUCAGGUAGGAUUCACGAUCUGAUCUUGCACCCAGCUUCUCCUCAGUCUUGGAGGAGCCUUGGACCCAGUAAGUGAUGCUGGCAGCUUUUAGAGGAUCAGUGUCCUGAAAGAAUAAAAAGGCAUUGGGUGGUUCUCCACCCUAGACAGACACGUAGGGGGAGUGAGCAUCACACCCUGCGAGGGCUCCUGCACUGGCGGUCAUUUCAUCCCAGGAUGGCUAUGGUCUGGUGGGAAGCGUAAGGCUGAGCACAGCUUCUCCAAGGAGCUCCCUACAUAUAAGAGGCUUCAAAUUCCCUCCUUGCAACUUUGUCAUCUGUAUCUCCUUUUCAAGACACAAGCCUGGGAGACCCCCCUGGGAACAGAACCUGAGUCAACACCUUCCUUGUAGUGACCAAGGGAAGCCCCACACAGAGGAAGACAGGUUGGAGAUCCUUGUUUGGAUCUUCUUCAAAGAAGCCACAGCCCUGAGGAUGGAGCAUGGAGGGCCACGGGAAGCUCUCCCCAUCUGCUCCCACCAUACUGGCACAGGGAGCACAGACUGUCCUUCUCACCACCCCCUGUUGUCCUGUAGUAGUUGUUAUUAUUUAGGGUUAAGAGUUUCUAGGCUGGCACAUCAUUUCACCGAAAAAAAUAAAAGUAAGGACAAGGGCUCCGUCCUGAGGAGCUUACAGUUUACAGUAAAGACCAUAUGACCUGCACUGCACUUUAGAAGCCACAAAUGCUCAUUCACUCACAUACCCAUGAAUUUACCCUCCCAACUGGGCAGCAGCACCUCGAGGACCACCGUCCCUUUCCCCAACUGAUCCCGUAACCAACACCACAACCGCAUCCCCCUGCUGAUGGCAGGGCUCUCUGUCCUUCCACCAUCCCCACGCAGAAGUGCCUGAGCAAAGCAUGGGAGCAGUGAGACAUGCUGAUCUUGCCUUCGUAUGGGCAGCCAUCCCAGGACUCUAUUCCGCUCUGGGAUGACCGUGCACAUGGUAGGGAACGCACCCAGCAGCGCUGGCAUGGCUACAUGUUGGCACUUAGAGCUGCCCAUGCAAUUCAUGUGAUGCCCCCAAGCUCAUAGAUGUCCUCCUCCAGGCAUUUUUACUUAACCUUAGUCUUUAAAAUAUUUCAAUCUUUGAGAGCCAGAAGGGUUUUCCCCUUGUGUCCUUUGUAUGUGUGUGCGUGUACACGUGCGAAUCCAACCUUUUAACAAACCUCAACUUUCCUAGACCCACUCAUGCAGGCUUUACUUUCUCCCGGUGAGAAUCACACAUGGAUUUUGCUGAGAAGGGGGAGAAGUGUCAUGGGAUUCAGUGGAUGCUCAUCCCAAAGCCCUCGGUACCACUCACAGACAGGUUAGGACAUGAAAUGGAAUGGGCCCAAAGCAGGGUUUCCCUUGCUGGAGCAUUGCUUGCAGGUGGGACAUGUUGGCUGUGGCAUCCCCUGCAAGCAGUGUUAGUGUAACAUCAGUAUUAGUCUCUGUCCAUGCUGAUACAGGGUCCUGAGGCCACUGACUGCUCCAUAACACUACAUUAUAGCAGGUUACAGAUCUUUCACCUUCCCCUUCCCACCUCUCUCCUGCCAAAUAUUGUCUCACAAGUGCCACCCUUCAGACCAGCACCCAGAUGUCCCUCUAUAGUCUUUCCCAUUUAGUGAGAACGUGCUUAAAGCUGUUGCUGGCAUUCUGUUUGGGUUGUGAACCCAGGUGUUGGUGAAGCAAGCCUUCCCCCGCACUCCUGUGGUGAGAAGUUCAAGGGAUUGGAGUGGUCCCAGGGACCUCCAGCUUGAUGGCAAUUCCAGCACUGAACAUACAAGAAGUAUUAAGAAGUCAGAGGAAACAGAAUAGAAAGCAAGCACUGUCAUCUUAGCUUGGUCACAAUCCUACCACUCUGUACAAAAAUACGAAGAUAGACAAAACCCACUGCAAAAUAAUAAAGUAAUCUAAAAAUAAACAAAUUUAAACCCCAGAAAAACAAAGCAAAGAAAAAACU